CUGGGAGAGUCUUCAUGAUGUCAUUUACAUGAAGUGAAAGUAAAGUGCGAAGCCGUUUCUUAAACAGAAUCCACUUCCUUUUAUCAGAAACCAAAUCUUCAUUUCAAGUUUUUAACUCUCAAAGGGACAGAGGGAAAGUGACAUCUGUAAGUCAUGGCUUCCUCCAGCAGUGUCCUGUGUGAAGAUCAGCUCCAGUGCUCCAUCUGUCUGGAGGUGUUCACUGAUCCAGUCUCUACUCCAUGUGGACACAACUUCUGUAUGAUCUGUCUCAGAGAGUUCUGGGACAGCAGUUCACACUGCCAGUGUCCAAUGUGUAAGACGGAAUUCCCUAAACGUCCUGAUCUACGUGUGAAUACGUUCAUCUCUGCACUUGCUGCUCCAUUUAAGAAGCAACUUCCCUCCAAGCCUAAGAAGGUUCUGUGUGACUCCUGCACUGAGGAGAAGAUGGAGGCUCUAAAGUCCUGUCUGCACUGUGGAGUUUCUUACUGUACCACUCAUCUGAUGCUCCAUAAAACUACACCUAAACUCAUGAAGCACAAACUGAUGGAGCCUGUGGAGAACCUGGAGGACUACAUCUGCCAGAAACAUGAGAGACCCCUGGAGCUGUUCUGUAGAGACGACCAGACGUGUGUGUGUCAGUUCUGUACUGAGGGAGACCACAAAACUCACAGCACCGUUCCUAUAGAUGUGGAAGUUAGAUCAAAGAAGACUGAGUUGUGGUUAAUGCAAGCAGAAGCUAAGCAGAUGAUCCAGGACCGACUGAGGAAGAUGCAGGAAAUCAACCACUCUGUAGAACUCAAUAAAAAAAUCGCAGAGAAAGCAGACGUUGUGGAGAUCUUCAGUGCUCUGAUGCGCUGCAUUGAGAGAAGCCAGGCUGAGCUUCCUAAGGUGAUGGAGGAGAAGCAGAAAGCAGCAGAGAGGCAGGCUGAAGAGUUGAUUAAAGAGCUGAAGCAGGAAAUCACUGAGCUAAAGAGGAGAAACACUGAGCUGGAGCAGCUCUCACACACUGACGAUCACCUCCACCUCCUACAGAUUUACCCGUCACUCCGAAUCCCUCCAUGUACCAAGAACUGGAUUGAUUUUAGCAUAAACUCUCAUCUGAGUGUGGUGACUCUGAUUAGAAUAAAGAUUCAGGAAAUGCUCAGUGUGGAAGUGGACCAGAUUGAUGAGAUCAAACUAAAAGAAUUUCAGCAAUAUGCAGUGGAUGUGACUCUGGAUCCUGAUACAGCUCAUCCUCAUCUCAUCCUGUCUGAUGAUGGGAAACAAGUUACAUGUGGAGACAAAAGGCAGAAGCUCCCUGAUAACCCAGAGAGGUUUGAUCGUUGUGUCUGUGUGCUGGGGAAGGAGGGAUUCUCUUCAGGGAGGUUUUACUAUGAGGUGCAGGUCAGAGGGAAGACCGAGUGGGAUUUCGGAGUGGUCCGAGAGGCUGCGAAGAGGAAGGGGGAGAUUACAGCCUGUCCUGAAGAUGGAUACUGGUGUGUGUGUCUGAGGAAUGAAACAGAAUUUUCAGCCUGUGACUCUCUUCUUAUUCCCCUCUCCAUGAAACAGGCUCCUCAGAAAGUGGGGGUGUUUGUGGAUUAUGAGGAGGGUCUGAUCUCCUUCUGUGAUGUUGAAGCCAAGUCUCAUAUCUACUCCUUCACUGGUCAGACUUUUAUGAUGAAAAUCUAUCCAUUCUUCAGCCCCCGCAGUAAUCAUGGCACUAAAAACUCAGCACCACUGAUCAUCUGUCCUGUUAAUAAGACCAAUAAUAUUUUCAUGGCUUCCUCCAGCAGUGUCCUGUGUGAAGAUCAGCUCCAGUGCUCCAUCUGUCUGGAGGUGUUCACUGAUCCAGUCUCUACUCCAUGUGGACACAACUUCUGUAUGAUCUGUCUCAGAGAGUUCUGGGACAGCAGUUCACACUGCCAGUGUCCAAUGUGUAAGACGGAAUUCCCUAAACGUCCUGAUCUACGUGUGAAUACGUUCAUCUCUGCACUUGCUGCUCCAUUUCAGAAGCAACUUCCCUCUAAGCCUAAGAAGGUUCUGUGUGACUCCUGCACUGAGGAGAAGCUGGAGGCUCUAAAGUCCUGUCUGCACUGUGGAGUUUCUUACUGUACCACUCAUCUGAUGCUCCAUAAAACUACACCUAAACUCAUGAAGCACAAACUGAUGGAGCCUGUGGAGAACCUGGAGGACUACAUCUGCCAGAAACAUGAGAGACCCCUGGAGCUGUUCUGUAGAGACGACCAGACGUGUGUGUGUCAGUUCUGUACUGAGGGAGACCACAAAACUCACAGCACCGUUCCUAUAGAGGAGGAGAGUGACGAUACUAAGACUGAGUUGUGGAUGGUACAUGCAGUAGUUCAGCAGAUGAUCCAGGAACGACUGAAGAAGAUUGAGGAAAUCAGACACUCUAUAGAACUAAAUAAAAACAACACAGAGAAGGAGAAAGAAGACAGCGUGGAGAUCUUCAGUGCUCUGAUGCGCUGCAUUAAGACAAGUGCAGCUGAGCUUCCUAAAGUGAUGGAGGAGAAGCAGAAAGCAGCAGAGAGGCAGGCUGAAGAGUUGAUUAAAGAGCUGGAGCAGGAAAUCACUGAGCUAAAGAGGAGAAACACUGAGCUGGAGCAGCUCUCACACACUGAGGAUCACCUCCACCUCCUACAGAUUUCCCCGUCACUGUGCAGCCCUCCACACACCCAGGACUGGACUGACGUCACAAUUACCUCUCAUCUGAGUGUGGAGACUCUGAGGAGAAAAAUAAUUCAAGAAGUACUUAAUAAGGAAAUGGACACGUUUGUUCAGAUUGAACUAAAAAGAAUUCAGCAGCAUGCAGUGGAUGUGACGCUGGAUCCUGACACAGCGAAUCCUUCUCUUACUCUAUCUAAUGAUGGCAAAGAGGUCACAUGUGAAAACCUAAUAAAGAAGCUCCCUGAUAACCCAGAGAGGUUUGAUCGUUGUGCCUGUGUGCUGGGAAAGGAGGGAUUCUCCUCAGGGAGGUUUUACUACGAGGUGCAGGUCAGACGGAAGACCGAGUGGGAUUUAGGAGUGGUCAGGGAGUCUGUUAACAGGAAGGGAAAAAUUACGGCCUGCCCUGAAAAUGGAUUUUGGUGUGUGUCUUGGCAUAGUCAGGCUGAAUACGUGGCUCUGGAUUCUCCUCCCAUCCCUCUCUCCUUGAAACCGGCUCCGCAGAAGGUGGGGGUGUUUGUGGAUUAUGAGGAGGGUCUGAUCUCCUUCUAUGAUGUUGAAGCAAAUUAUCACAUAUACUCUUUCACUGGUCAGUCAUUCACUGAGAAACUCUAUCCAUUCUUCAGCCCCUGCCUCAAUGACGGCGGUGAAAACUCAGCACCACUGAUCAUCUGUCCAUUGACUCAAGGCCAAGAAUAGGUUUUAAAAAUAAAGUCGCCUAAAUUCAUAGAAUCAUAAUGAUCAUGUUUCCUGUUUUGUCCUUCAUGAGUAGAGUUGGUAAAACAUGAAUAAUGAAUCAUAACUAUCAUGCAUUUCAUUAAACUUUUUUUAUUAUGGUCUAUAACUGGUCUAUGACUCUUGUUCACAUUAUGCUCUUGCCGAAUAUACUUUCAGUGCAUUUAGUACUGUUUGAAUAUAAUAAAGGGCUGUAGGGAUUAACUGAUUUAUAAAUCCACUAUUCACUGUCAGCCAGAAGAGGACAGUUUCAGGAGUCUGGUUCCUCUCAAGGUUCCUCUCUUGUCAUCUUCCUCACCUCUGAUGUCUCAUUAAAGAUCUAAAUCUAAAUCCAGUUUUCUGUAAAGCUGCUUUGUGUCAAAGUUUAUUGUUUACAAACCAAAUUCAUUUGAACUGUAUAAUUAUAAACCUGUAUCCACUUAUA